AAAGAGCCCUUGAAAAGUUAUGAUGAGGCCAACCCCAUCUUAGCCUCCCUCCCCUGAAAAGGAAUCUCAUCGUACUCAAACAAUUAAUUAUCCAAAGUCCAAACCAUAAAUUUUUGAUUGACCCGUUUUGCUUCCUUGUACACAGAUUAAUACAGCACCACCUCGGCUUCCAUUAAUUCCACUCACUCCUCUUUUUCUUCUCUCUUUUCCUUCACUCUCUUCAAUAUCAUAAUUAAUCAUUUAUCAUAAAAGAAACAACAUUCAGCUAUUUCUCUGAACUAAACAUGUUACAAUCUAUGGAAGUUCCUGAUUGUAUCUAUCGGGGGCAACCACUGAUCAUUCCCCCAAGUGCUCCUACCCCAAAACAUUCUCUCUAUUUGUCUAACCUCGAUGACCAAAAGUUCCUAAGAUUCUCCAUUAAGUAUUUGUACCUCUUCAAGAAGUCUUUGAGCUUGAAUAUCUUGAAGUCUUCUUUGGCCAGAGUUCUAGUGGAUUAUUACCCCUUAGCUGGAAGGUUGAGGAGUGUGGAUGAUCACACUCACAAGCUUGAGGUGGAUUGCAAUGGAGAAGGUGCUGUUUUUGCUGAGGCUUUCAUGGACACCACUGUUCAUGAAUUGCUUGAAUCUUCCAAGACUCCCAACAAGUCUUGGAAGAAGUUCUUGUAUAGAAUUGAAGCUCAGAGUUUCAUAGAUGUUCCUCCUCUCAUAAUACAGGUAACGACUCUGGGUUGCGGGGGAAUGAUCUUAUGCACCGCGAUCAACCACUGCCUAUGCGACGGCAUCGGUACGUCGCAGUUUCUACACGCUUGGGCAGAACUCACCAGAAAGCCCGAAAGCGAGUUGAGCACCAUGCCCUUCCACUGGCGCCACGUGUUGAAACCCAGAGAGCCCGCGCAGGUAAAGUUCCAUCACGCGGGCUACACCGGACCAAACCCAACCCCUCAAGUGGACCUCCUCAAGUUUAUACAAUCACAGCCGGUAGUACCCGUAUCCUUCGCCUUCACCCCUUCGCAUGUCCUUCGCCUCAAGAAACACUGUGUCCCUUCUCUCAAGUGCACAUCCUUCGAAACCGUUGCGGCUCACACGUGGCGCUCUUGGAUUCGAUCACUAAACCAAUCCCUACCCUCCAAACUCAUCGUGAAGCUCCUUUUCUCAGUCAACGUUAGAGCAAUAGUUGACCUUCCACAAGGUUAUUACGGAAACGGGUUUUUGCUAGCGUGCGCUGAUAGCACCGUAGAGGAGUUAGUGGAGGGUAACUUGCGCCACGGUGUGAAGCUUGUGCAGGAAGCUAAAGUGAGGUUGAAGGAUAAAGAGUAUAUAAGGUCAAUGGUUGACUUGUUGGAGGACAAAACGGUAAAAACGGAUCUUUCGACUAGUUUGGUUAUUUCGCAGUGGUCUAAACUGGGGUUAGAAGAGGUGGAUUUUGGAGAGGGGAAACCUUUGCAUAUGGGUCCUUUGACUAGUGAUAUUUACUGCUUGUUUUUACCGGUUACUGGUGAUGCUAAUGCCGUGAGAGUGCUCGUGUCUGUGCCCGAAAGUAUGGUGGAACGUUUCCAGUAUCACAUGAAUGAAAGUUGGCAAGGAAAAGAAGAAAAUGGGAAUCAUCAUGAUGUUCAACAUCAUAACGAAAAUGGAUUCUUCUGAAUGCCCUAGUUUCUUUUUAUUUAUUUAUUUAUAUCUUUUCAGCUUUUGUUCCCCAUGUGUAGUCCAAUUUCUACUUACAUAUGAAUAUGAUUAUAUAAUGUAAACUUUUACUGAACGGUGAAUUAACUAUUAAUAAUUUUUCCUUCA